AUGAAGAGCGACGGAUACGGAGAUGCCCGUCAAGCUGUAUUCGCUGGUGAUUUCCUUAACUUUACGAUCCUCAAAGACUACGCCGAACUCAUUCUGACCGAAUUUGGUCAAAAAGUGAAGUUUUGGUCGACGAUCAACGAGCCGCUUUCGUACAUGUACAUCUUCUACAUUUUCGCCGUAACAGACAGCGACGAGUACGAGGCUGCGCUUAAUUUGCUGCUGGCUCAUGCAGAAAUGGUUGCACUUUUCCGAAAUCUCCAAAAUCAAGGAAGCGUUCCUCUCAGGAUUCGGUAUUCGUAUGAUGCAACUGUGCCCUCAGUUGUCCCAUCAACGUAUCUGAAUCGCACUGCUUGUACCGCCGCUAAAUGGUACGCGAAUUCAGCAACAACCGGAUGCUUUGAGACGGAACCGGAGGAUAAGAAGCGGCUGAAGUACUUGACUGCAGGACUUCAUCCGCGUGAAAAUAAUUUAAGUCCACAGUCAGGUCUUCGCUUUCAUCGUCAUUCAAGCAAAUGGAAAGAAGAAUCACCGGAGGAAUUCGUCGUCAGGUUCAAGUAG